AUGUCUCCGUUCCCAUUGAAAGGACAUCCAACAAGGCCACACAAGAACAUGUAUAGGUUGUUACAAAGGUACACGAAUGAAGCAUCCACCCCUGCAUCCACACCGACUAUGAGGCUGACAACAUCUACCUCCCCACUGUUUGGUACUCAAUCAGCCCCAAUAACCACCCAUUCAUCCACACCAACACCAUCAUUUUCCCCUACAUCGACAACGACAGCAUCUACUACCCCCAUAAUGUUUAAUACCUUAUCAGCCCCUUCAUCCGCAUCAACCCCACUGUUUAGUACCCUGUCAUCCCCUUCAUCCACAUCAGCCCCACUGUUUAGUACCCUAUCAACCCCUUCAUCCACAUCAGCCACAUCAUCAUCCCCUUCAUCUACACAAGCCCCAUCAUCCGCCCCUUCCUCCACAGCAGCCACAUCGACACCGAUUGCUACUGAACAAGAAGAUGCACAACUAGAACAACGCAUGAAUAUUACAGUUCGGGCAAAUACAUUAUUACCUUCAGGUAAAUGUUCGUCCAUAAUUACGAAAUCAUUCCUAGAUAAAGUGGACGAAAAUGGAUAUAAGUGGGUAAAUUUAAGUGAAGAGACAAAAAUUUUCUAUUGGGAAGAGUUUCAGAAAAAAUGCCAGUGGGAUGUUGCUGUUAGUGACUCAGUCGUCAAGGCUGCUUGGGAACAAAAGGCCAAAGAAAGAUAUCAACAGUACAUCUAUGACAUAAGCACAAGAAACCCAACUCGUGAAAAGCCAUGUCACAUAGAAAUACAAGUAUGGAAUGCUUGGAAUGCAAUAUGGAAUUCAGAGGACUUCAAGAAAAAAUCAGAGCAAAAUAAAAAAAAUAGGCGUAAAGGUGUAGUUGGUGGAAAAGCCCCACCUACCCAUAAUGGUGGAUCGGCUUCACAUCAACAAAUUGCUGCUGAUAUGGAGGAAUAUACAGGAAAAGCUCCAUCAUGCUAUGAACUAUUCAUGUUUACUCAUACUAAGGAUCAUGACGGAAAAACAUUUCAAGUUGACAAAGCUAAAGAAGUUCAUGAUUUGUUUGUGUCUCGACGUGCGGAUUUGGCAUUGCUAGGAGAGGAAGUUCCUGAAAGCGAACUGUUUUAUGCAGCUGUUGGAGGACAUGAUCGUAAGAAAAGAGUUUAUGGGCUUGGAUCAUAUGGCAGGUCCAUUUUUCGUGAAAACUUCUCUCAAACAUGCACUUCACCAGAUACAAGUUUUGAGAAAGAUCAUCUCGAGAGGAAGAUCCAGAAAUUAGAGGAAACCAUAAACCAACAAAGGAUGGAGUUGGAUGAUGUGAGAAACAUGGUUAAUGAUAUGAAUAAUCAGUGA